CUCAGAUCAUCAUUCAACAUUAACAAACAGCUCACUGCUCUUUUUCUUCUUCUUCUCCAUCGUCUUCCUCCGGUCACUGCUCUACCAUUUCCACUUCCUUGGUUCAUCUUCCAUUUUCCUUUUUCUGGAUAUUUUUUCCUUAAUCAUAAGAUGCACGCGAAGACAGACUCGGAGGUGACAAGCCUCCCGGCGUCAUCGCCGACGAGAUCUCCCCGGAGACAAGAGUACUACGUGCAAUCGCCGUCGCGUGACUCUCGCGACGGAGAGAAGAUGGCGUCGUCGUUUCACUCGACGCCGGUGAUAAGUCCGAUGGGAUCUCCGCCGCAUUCUCAGUCCUCCAUGGGUCACCACUCGCGGGAAUCUUCCUCGAGCAGAUUUUCGGGAUCUCUGAAGCCUGGGUCGCGGAAGAUCUCUCCGAACGACGCCGGAAAACGGAAGGGACACGGCGGCGGUGGCGGAGAUAAGCAGUGGAAGGACUGUGCUGUAAUCGAAGAAGAGGGUUUGCUUGAUGACGAAGAUCGAGACAAGGGUUUGCCUCGUCGGUGCUAUAUCUUGGCCUUUCUGGUUGGAUUCUUCGCUCUGUUUACGUUCUUCUCUCUGAUUCUCUAUGGAGCCGCUAAACCUCAGAAGCCCAAGAUCUCCGUGAAGGUUAGUUCAUCCUUCUUUCUGGUUUUUUUUUGCUUUUCUGUGUUCUGUUGAAGUCAAUGGAGAUCUAGAUUGUGCUUGAUUUUGCUUUUUUUUUUGUAGUUUAAUUCUCUUAAAUUCAUCGUUUCCAGUGAAGAUCCAGCUCGAGAUCUGGAUUGGGCUUGAUUUUGCUUUUGUUCAUUUUAAUUCUGCUGAAAUCUUCCAUUUAUGAUGCAGAUUUAGCUCACUUUUUGCGUUUUUGAUGGUUUAAUUUUCUUUCUCGUUUGAAGGGUAAAUCUAGAGCUGAGUUGUUCUUGUUCUCUUCUUCUAUUUU